AUGAAUACUGAAAUCGCUUCUUUUUUUGAUAAUCCAGAUAUUAUUGGUAAGUUUCCAUCUCUUUGGCAGACUCUUAAUUAAGACAUUUAUGAUGUAAUUUUUAUAUCAAUUUUUAGAAUGAUAACAUAAUUGUAGAGUAAGAAUGUUACAAAAUAUCAAAAAAAAGAAAAUAAAUGACACCAAUAAUUAUACAAGUUGGAAAUGAACAUUUAUAUUACAUAAAAAAAGAAACUAUGUAUUAAUUAUAAACUACAGUUGUUAUGAUGACUCUUAUAAAAAAUGAUGAGUAUGGUAAUAUUAUAAGGUUAUCACGAAAUGGAAGAUAUAUUGACUUGAAAUUUGAAGAUUAUACUAAUUUUAAGAAUCUUCUAAAUUAUAGAUGUUUGUAAUCUACUUUCCAUGAUGAAUUUGGUGUAACUAAAAUGAUUGGUAAAGGAAGUUUUGCCAAAGUAUAUUUAGCAACAAAAAAAUCUACUGGUAUCAAUUAUGCAGUCAAAGCAUUUAAUAAAGAAUUCAUGUUAGAAUAAUUUAAAGGUAGAGAAUCAUUGGAGAAUGAAAUUAAAGUGAUGAGAAGAUUGAAUCAAGAGAAUUUAGUCAGAUUACAUGAAGUAUAUGAAACAUAAAAUUCAAUCUAUUUUAUAUUGGAUAUUUUAAAAGGAGGAGAAUUAUUAUCUAGAGUUAAAUCACAUCCUUUAUCUGCACCAAAUCUAUAAAAAUUAAUGUACAAUUUAAUGAGAGCACUUUGUCAUUUACAUUCAAAAAGAUGUAUACAUAGAGAUUUGAAACCAGAAAAUUUAUUAUUAAAAGAAAAAGAUAAUGAUACUGAUGUAGUAAUUGCAGAUUUUGGAUUAGCUUGUUUUUUAAAUGAAGAAAUCUUAUUUAAAAGAUGUGGAACACCUGGAUUUGUAGCUCCUGAAAUAUUAAUAUAUAAAGAAGGAGAUCCUUUUUAUGAUGAAAAAUGUGAUGUAUUUAGUGCUGGAGUUAUAUUCUUUAUACUAUUAACUGGUAAAUAACCAUUUCAAGGAGCAGAUUAUAAAGCUAUUUUAAGAGCAAAUAAGAAUUGUGAAAUCAAUUAUAAUAUUAAAUAAAUAUAAACAGUAAAUUUAUUUAUAUAAUUUAUAGGCACCAUUAUAAUUAGUAGAUUUAUUAAAAAAGAUGUUAUAUCCUGAACCUAAAGCAAGAGUAUCUUCUGAAGAUUGUCUAAAACAUCCAUAUUUCAAAGAAAUCUUUAAAGAAUAAGAUUUAAUUGAUGUAUAAGAAAGUUUAAGAGAUUAUGAAAAAGAUUUUGUAUAUGGAUUAGGGAAAUAAUAAGGGUAACUUUAUAUAAUUAUCUAUAUAGACCUUCAAGUUAAGUUGGAUCGAUGUAAUUAUAAUAAAGAUAACCUGCUUUAAAUGGUAGAAUUGAUACUAUGGGAUCAUUUUCUAAUGUAUCUAAUAAUGGAUCAGUAACAAGAUUAGAUUAAAAACCAUAACCUUAAUAAAGUAAAUUUAGUUAAUUCAGUUAAUCAAUGAAAUAAUAAUUAAAUUCUGAAGCAAGUAUUUAUCAUUUCAUUAUUCUUUAGAUUCGCCUGUUACUAAAAAAAGUAAUUAAUCAGAUUUAAGAAAAACAGCCUUGAAAAAUUCGAUUUAAUAAUAAUAUAAUUAAAUGGGAAAAGAUGAAGAUUGUAUUAAUGAUGAAGCAGCUCAUUUAGAAGAUGCUAUAUCCAAACUAAAUGCUUAAACUCCUAAAAUGGGUUUAAAAAAAGCAAGUUCUUAUAAAGUUUAAAAAUCAACCAUGGAAUGA